AUGGUUGAGCGUUUUCAUAGACAACUCAAAGCAGCAAUACGGUGUCAUGAAAACAACCAAUGGACCCGCAGCCUCCCAAUAGUACUACUCGGAAUAAGAGCAGCCUGGCGAGAGGACAUUCAAGCGACAUCCGCAGAAUUGGUCUACGGUGAACCACUUCGUUUACCAGGAGAAUUCAUUGCAUCGACACCUCAACAAUCCGAAGAUACAAGCAGUUACGUCAAAGACCUUCGACGAAGAAUGCAAGAAUUGCAACCAACUCCAGUCAUUCGGCAUGGUCAACGCAAAAUCUUCGUAUUCAAGGACUUGCAAACAACAAGCCACGUUCUCUUGCGUCACGACGCUAUCAAGAACGCACUUGAGAAUCCAUACGAUGGCCCUUAUCCUGUCAUCAGUCGCGGCACCAAGGACUUCGUAAUCAACAACAAAGGAAAAGAGAUCACUGUAUCCAUUGAUCGUCUGAAACCAGCUUACAUUCUACACGAAGGUGACCAAGACGUUUCUCUUCAAUCAACUGCUGAACGAACUACACAACAAGCUCCACCGCAGCCAACAGAUUCGCAGUCCCAAACAGCUCCACAGCCACAAGUGAUCGAAUCUCCAAUGCCAAGCAGUUCAGCACCACCGGCUCAAAUCCAGAGAAGCCAGAACAAGAACAACAAUCGCCGGACCAAGCGGCGAGUCAGAUUCACCGAACGCUACCAAGCUGGAUUCAAUUAA